AUGUGCUGCUAAAAGAAAAGAUCAAAGAAUAACAACCAGAGGACAAGGGGGAAUUCAAAGCUGGGAAGAUGAGUUCAUGCAGCAACAUCUGUGGGUCCAAGCCAGCACAGGCUGCCACCGAGGGCGGGCACCAGCGCUAUGGAGUGCGGUCCUACCUGCACCAGUUUUAUGAGGACUGUACAGCCUCAAUCUGGGAGUAUGAGGAUGAUUUCCAGAUCCAGAGAUCACCUAACAGGUGGAGCUCAGUAUUCUGGAAGGUCGGACUCAUCUCAGGCACAGUGUUCGUGAUUCUUGGAUUGACUGUUCUGGCCGUGGGCUUUCUUGUUCCUCCAAAAAUCGAAGCAUUUGGCGAAGCUGAUUUUGUGGUGGUCGACACACAGGCAGUGCACUUUAACAGUGCCCUUGACAUGUGCAAGCUGGCAGGAGCUGUCCUCUUCGGCGUUGGAGGCAUGUCCAUGGCUGGAUGCCUGCUCAUGUCAGUCUUUGCCAAAAGCUACUCUAAAGAAGAAAAAUUCCUUCAGCAAAAGUUUAAAGAACGAAUUGCAGAUAUCAAAGCUCAUGCCCAACCCAUUACUAAAGCUCCAGGCCCAGGAGAAACAAAGAUUCCAGUCACUUUGUCCAGGGUUCAAAAUGUCCAACCUCUAUCAGCAACCUGAAAUUUCUCCCCAACUCAUUUAUUCUUCCCUUCUCUGAUCUGCAC